AUGGAGACAGCUAUGUGGGAGCAUGGGAGAAUGGUCAGAUUCAGAGAAAUCCAAGGAGGAGUUUCCAGAUCAGCUGAUAUAAAAUCAUGUGUUAUAUAUGGAACUAAGUUUCAGUGUACUGAACUCCUAGACUGCUUUAAAGAGGGAUCAAUUGUGAAAGAAAAUGGAAAGUUCCGUGGAGGAACAAGGAACCAGGGAACAGAUGUGGAGGUUAAAGAAUACGAAGAUGGUUGGUUUGUAGGAACUCUAAACAAAAGAGGUGCAAGGGAUGGAAGUGGAAGUUUUUACUUUAUAAAUGGAGACAGAUUUGUUGGAGAAUGGAGCCGAGAUAAGAUGAAUGGAGCCGGAGUUUAUCAUUAUACUAAUGGAGACAGGUAUGAGGGAUCGUUUAAGAAUGGAAAGUUUGAGGGAAAAGGAACUUUUUUCUUCGGAAACCUGGACAAAUACGAAGGAGACUUCAACGAUGGAAGGCUGGAAGGAGUGGGGAAAAUGGUGUACAGAGACGGGCACAGCUAUAUUGGAUCGUUUAAAGACUGGAGACGGUUUGGAGCUGGGAAAAUGGAGUUCAGGAAUGGAGAUCUGUAUACUGGAGAGUGGGAUGGAGCCAAGGGAAAUGGAGUAAUUUCAUACUCGGACGAAUCAAAAUAUGAGGGUGAAUUUCUUGAAGAGAAAAAACACGGAAAAGGAACUUUUUUCUUCCCUAGUGGCAACAAAUACUCAGGAGAUUAUAAGGAUGAUUUAGAGGAUGGUAAUGGUACUUUCACUUGGACCGACGGAUAUAAAUACAACGGCGGAUGGUCAAAGGGAAUAAAAGAGGGGUAUGGAGAAUAUCUUUAUAAGAAUGGGGAUUCCUACAAAGGAAUGUUUAAAGAUGGAAGAUUCAAUGGUAUUGGAGUAUAUUCUUGGUCCAACGGGGCUCGUUAUGAAGGAGAUCAUCUAAAUGAUCAGAGGACUGGAUUUGGUAAAAUGGUUUAUCCUGACGGAGCAGAGUUCUCUGGAAUCUGGGAUAACGGAGUACACGUGGAAUUCAGAUCCAGCAGGCCUGAAGCUGAGGAGUCCAGUACUUUAAGUUCAGAAAUAGUUGCGGCAUUGUCCGUCCCAGCUGCAGCAGGGCUAACCACACCACCGCCUGCAAGCACCACUCAACUCUCAACAAACUCUCCUCCUGGAGAGGUUGAAGAUGAAGAAGAAGCAGAUGAAGAUGGAGAAGACGAAGAAGAAGAAGACGACGAGGAAGAGGAGGAAGAAGUCGCUAAAGUUAAAGUGCCAAAAAUGAGAAAAAGGCCGUUUAAGAAAGGACAGGGAAGAAGGAGGAAGGUUGGACCCAAUGGCGGAAGAGUAAGGCUGCCAAAGAAAAGGCGAGGCGUUUUAAACCUAGGCCCACAAGACCCAGAGAGGAGGAGAAGAAGGCAUAGAAAAUGAAAGGGAAAAUCCGCAA